UCUUGUGUCGCCUUUCUAUUGUUCAGAAUUAUAGCUGGCUACUGGUACAGCUGGCGCCGGUAUAAAUUUGCGAGGUUUCAGGGUUUAUUAAAAGAGAAUCAGGUGGACAACGACGAACAAAUAGAUUAGAAAAAAGCCCGUGAUCAUUAAACAAUAGGACAGGCACGGAUUUAUUUCUCUGAGUUUGAUCUCGCACUUAAUCGGCGAUCAUGAUGAUGGACGACGAACAGCCCAAGACACUGUAUGUUGGGAACCUGUCCAGGGAUGUGACAGAGGCCUUGAUCCUGCAGCUCUUCAGUCAGAUUGGCCCUUGCAAAAGCUGUAAAAUGAUCAUAGAUACAGCAGGUAAUGAUCCGUACUGCUUUGUGGAGUUCUACGAGCACAGGCAUGCAGCUGCUGCACUGGCCGCCAUGAAUGGACGUAAAAUAAUGGGUAAGGAGGUUAAAGUCAACUGGGCCACAACUCCGAGCAGUCAGAAAAAAGACACAAGCAAUCAUUUCCAUGUCUUUGUUGGGGACCUCAGCCCAGAAAUCACCACAGAUGACAUCAAAGCUGCCUUUGCCCCCUUUGGAAGAAUAUCUGAUGCCCGUGUGGUGAAAGACAUGGCAACUGGGAAGUCCAAAGGUUAUGGCUUUGUUUCUUUCUUUAACAAGUGGGAUGCAGAGAACGCCAUUCAGCAGAUGGGAGGUCAAUGGCUUGGUGGCCGGCAGAUCAGGACCAACUGGGCCACAAGAAAGCCUCCUGCUCCCAAAACGACCUAUGAAAGUAACACCAAGCACCUGUCCUUUGAUGAGGUGGUGAACCAGUCCAGCCCCAGCAACUGUACUGUGUACUGCGGGGGUGUUACCACUGGCCUCACAGAGCAAUUGAUGAGACAGACCUUCUCUCCCUUUGGACAAAUCAUGGAAAUCCGAGUGUUCCCAGACAAAGGAUAUUCUUUUGUGAGGUUUAACUCUCACGAGGGGGCAGCCCAUGCCAUCGUCUCGGUGAAUGGGACCUCUAUAGAGGGGCAUGUGGUGAAAUGUUACUGGGGUAAAGAGACGCCAGACAUGAUGAACCCCAUGCAGCAGGUGCAGGUGCCCCAGCAGAACAAAAUGGGCUUUGCCACCCAGCCCUAUGGUCAGUGGGGCCAGUGGUACAGCAGUGCGCAGCAGAUUGGUCAGUACGUGCCCAACGGCUGGCAGGUACCCACCUACAGUGUUUACGGGCAGGCCUGGAAUCAGCAGGGCUUCAACCAUAUACAGCCUGGUGCUGGGUGGACAGGAGUGAGUCCCGUCAGUAACGGCGGGGUUGUGGAACCUGCACAGGGUGUGAAUGGGAGUGUUCUAGCUAACCAGUCCGGCAUGGGAACCACAGGAUACCCCACACACUGAUAGGGGUUAGACAGCUCCAGCGCCGCGGGGCCUCUGGGGUGCUGCAGGGAUGUGUACAUACCUUUUUCAGUGUGGAACACCCAGAUUUGGAGAGGGUAGGGUAGGGGUGUUGGGGAGUGGGGGGAGGGGAACGGUACUGGUUUGACUUCGGAGUCCUUAUUUUUCGCAACAGCUUAGAGGGCAGAAAAUGCUUGCCCCUGUGGCCCUUGAGGACCGGAGAUGCCCAGCCCAAGGACAAAGACCCAAGAUCUUUGGCCAGCUGUGUCAGACAGACAAUACAUGGAAAGGACUAUGCCAUUUUUAAUUUACUAUAAAUAAAAUCAGAAUUUUUUUUUUUUGCUUUCGGUGAUUUAAACUGCUGCAGUUUCAUGAGAAGGAAGUUUUUUUUUUUUUUCUCCAGGAUGAAUCUUGUAAUUUUGUAAUGUAUGCGAUUAGGAGAGGUAAUAACACGAAUCGUGAAAUAUUAUGGACCGUUUCGUUUAAUUUUCUGUGUUUGGGGGGGAAAAAAAUCACAUGUAUUUCAGUUCUUGG